AUGGGGACAGAGUGGAGCUGCCCCAUUUGCCAUGAUGAGCGAGAGGGUGUCGCUUAUGUGAUACCUUGUGGCCAUGAGUUCUGCAUGGGCUGCAUCCUGCGUUGGGCAGAGAAGAAACCAGAGUGCCCACUCUGCAGAAGACUGAUAGAGUCUGUCAGGUUUUCUCUUCAGGAACAAAAAUACCUAGAAUGUGUCAUCACACCCCAGGGAGAGUCACCAGAGACCAGCAGCCAUGCAGAAAGAUCUCUUGGCCUCCUGGAUGGAAACAGCUGCCAGCGCCCUGGGGCGGGUCCUGUGCAAGGGACACUCUCCCCAGCUGAGCAGGGGCCUAGUGGGACAGAGGCCGUGGGUAGCCUGCUGCCUAAGGUCUGGGCAGAACUUUUCCAAAAAGAAGCACAUGUUCUUGACCCCAUGUUGCCCUGGCUGCGCCAGAGGCUGGAGGCAAUAUAUGGGUCCCAGUGGUGGCUGGCUGUGAGAGCAGAGAACAGCAUCUUGUACACCCUGUGCCUCUGUGGUCCAGAUGGGGAGGUCAUGGUCCAGAUGCUGCAGCCUCUCCUGGAGGAAUAUACAGAACAGCUGGUUGCUGGCACUGUCAAUUUCAUUGUGGGCCAAUGCAGUGAGGAGGCCCAGAGGCUGCUGCUCUCCCAUGCUGCUGGGAAGGAGGACAACAGCCCUGAGGCCAGUUCCCACUCCACCAGCUCCACCGGCUCCCAGGGAGGGACUCCCAGCUGGCAUCCAACCCCUGCCAGCAGCCCUGCAGGCUCUGACAUGGAGCACCAACCCAGCACAUCAGAAGCUGCCCUCUGUGCCCUCCACAUCCUCCAGCCAUCUGUGCUGAUUGGUACAGAGCAGGUGCAGCCCCAGAAAGAGCAGGGGGAGGUGGUGGUAGCAAGUUCCUCUGCCCAGGGCACCAGCCAUAGUCCUGCUGUGCCUUGUCAGGACUGGGAGCACUCACACAGGGAGCCCCAGCACCCCACAGAAAGGAGGGCUCCCAGCCCCCAGGACUCUCCAUGGAGUACAGCUAAGCCCACAGAGAGAGAGUGGAGCUGCCCCAUCUGCCAUGAUGCUCAUGAGGAUGCCGCUUAUGCAAUGCCCUGUGGCCACCAGUUCUGCCUGGGAUGUAUCAUGCAUUGGACAGACAGGAAACCAGCAUGCCCAGUCUGCAGCAGAACGAUUUUGAUUGUCAAGUUUUCUGUGCGUGAAGAAGAUGACUAUCUACAGUGUCUUGUCACACCCUCUGGAGAGCUGCCAGAGAUCUGCAGCCAGGCAGGAAGAGCUCCCAGCCGCUUGGCUGAAAACAGCCCCCAUUGUCCUGUGCCAUCCCUGCCAUCUUCUCCACAGGGGACACUGUCCCCAGCUGAGCAGGGGGCUAUGAGGCCAGAGGCUGUGGGUGGCCUCCUGCCCAAGGUGUGGGCAGAACUUUUCCAAAGUCAAAAGCAUCUCCUGGACCCCAUGCUGCCCUGGCUGUGUCAAAAGCUGGAAGCAAUAUAUGGGUCCCAGUGGUGGCUGGCAAAGAAUGCAGAGGGACACAUCCUGCAGGCCCUAUGCCUUUGUGGUCUAGAUGAGAAAUUGUUGUUCCAGAUGCUGCAGCCUGACCUUGAGGGAUAUACAGCACCACUGGUCUAUGGCCUUAUUAACAUCAUUGUUCAUGGAUGCAGCAUGGAUGCCCAGAGGCUCCUGCAAACCCACACUGCUGGGGAGAAGGACCACGACCCUGCAGCCAGCUCCACCAGCUCCUGGGAGCAAAAUCCUGCCUCCCCUACAAGCAGCCCUGAAGGCUCCUAUACGGAAGACCAAGCCAGCACCUCACAGACUGCCUUCUGCAGGGAUACUGAGUGUCCCUCAUCUGUGUCCUUGUCUGCAGAGCAGGAGCUGAGGGAGGUGGAAGAGGCAGAUUUUGCCCAGGGCAGCAAAUGCAGACCCUCUUCUUCCAUCCAAGGCAGGAACUUCUCACAUGGGGGGUCCUGGCACCCCCGGAAGAGGAGGGCUCCUGGCUCCCAGAACUCUCCCAGACCUGCAAGAGGUCACUCCAGUGGUGGCACAAUCAAGCCUCCAACAAGUCUUUAUUCAAAAGACAAGAGAUAA